AUGGAAAAGCCCACAAGAGAUGCCCACCUCCAUUUUGGGCUCAUUGGAUACCGGAAAUUGGGAGAGACGACCGGGAGUAGCGCGGCAGAGAGAGAAAUUGGGCGGGACGGAGAGGGUGGCGACGGGCGACGGGUACAUUCGGAGUUCCUCGAUUCCUCCGCCGAGCUGGCCGGAGGCGCCGCGGCCCCACGAGAACAGCUGAAGAGUGGUCGAUUCUUGUGUGUCGGUGGUCGGGAAGGCGGAGGUGCUGGAGUGGUCGUAGAGCAGAGGAGGAGAUUUGGCGGCGGAGGAGGAAAGAGUGCUGUGCCAGGCGAGAUGAGAGCUGGGAGAACGCAUGGGCGUGAAAAUGCAGCGACGAAGGGCCAUCGCCGGCUGUAG